UAAUAUCAGACACCCAUUUUUCCGUCAGUUAUUGGCUCCAGCAGUGUACACGACACGGACAUAAACCUAACAAACAAACAGAUCUAAUCUCCAAAAAUCUGACAGCACCGAAUGGUCCACUUCUCCUUCUCCUUCUCCUGUCUACAUAUAUCCAAUCAAUCCUCACCAGAUAACAGAUCUUGAGUAGCAGAGGAAAAUAUUGUGGGAGCAGUGGAGAUGGAGAACAGCCAAACUAACAGCCCGACAACAGCCAUAAUGGAGCUCGCCAACAUGAUAAGUGUGCCGAUGGCUCUCAACGCCGUCGUCCGCCUCAACGUGGCGGACGCGAUUUGGCAGGGUGGAUCCAACAACCCCCUCUCCGCGGCCGAGAUCCUAUCUGCUGCCGCGGUUGGCCCUGGUGGCGAUGCCGAGAACCUCCAGCGCAUACUCCGCUUGCUUACCAGCUUUGGAGUGUUUGAGGAACACCUCAACGCAGAUGCCACAAAAAGAAGAUAUUCAUUGACGGAGGUGGGCAAGACCCUGGCGACAGAUGAGAACGGCCUAUCGUACGGGGCUUACGUACUCCAGCACCACCAAGAUGCCCUGAUGCGGGCGUGGACGCUGGUGCACGAGGCCGUCCUGGACCCCUCCUCCGAGCCGUUCGUGAAGGCUAAUGGCGAGGGUGCUUACAGUUACUAUGGAAAGAAGCCUGAGAUGAACGAGCUGAUGCUGAAGGCCAUGUCUGGAGUAUCUGUUCCGUUCAUGAAAGCGUUUCUGAAUAGCUACGAUGGGUUCCAGGGAGUGGGAACACUGGUUGAUGUGGGGGGAAGUGCAGGGGAUUGCUUGAGGAUGAUCAUGAGCAAGAAUCCAAGUAUUAAAAAAGGUGUCAACUUUGAUCUACCUGAGGUUGUUGAAAAAGCACCCAAAAUUCCUGGUGUAGAGCAUGUUGGUGGUGACCUGCUCAAGACCAUUCCAUCCGCUGUUGAUAUUUUCAUGAAGUGGAUACUAACAACAUGGACAGACGACGAAUGCAAGCAUAUCUUGAAGAACUGUCACGAUGCACUUCCACCGGGAGGUAAAGUCGUUGCUUGCGAGCCGGUGCUGCCCAACCACACAGACAACAGCCAUAGAAGUCGAGCCCUUCUUGAAGGAGACAUCUUUGUCAUGACGAUUUAUAGGUCUAAGGGGAAACACAGGACGGAAAUGGAGUAUCGGGAGCUAGGCAUUGCAGCGGGCUUCCGUUAUUUCAAGGCAAAAAUCUUACUCGAUCAAUUCUACACUGUCCUAGAGUUUCAAAAAUGAUUUAAAUCUUGUACUAUUUCUAUGUGCUAUAAUUUGAUGUCAGUCAUUUUACAUAGUUUUCGAAAUAAUUUGGGUCGGUUUUCUUCCCCGAUGUAACUAUGUUAAUUUUGGACUAUUGAGGUGCGUGUAACAUUUGUUCCAAAAAAAUGUUAAUUUUGGA